CCCCCCCCCACCUCGUCGAGAAUCCCCCAAAUCCGACCCCAAUCUCCGGCCGCCGUCCCCCGCGCCUUCGCGCCGUCGUACGGACUCAGCCGGCCCGGACCCGUGCCCAAUCGCUCUUUGCUUGCUUCCUGCGCUAGGCUUGGGGCUGGCUGGCACCCACCUACCGGGGGUGUGCCGCGCGGGCUUCUAGGGUUUCGGGGCGAGGCUGGCUGGCCGUCCCCCCUGGAGGGCCCCUUUCUCCAAUUCGGCGGCUCGGGCCCCGCGCCUCGGGGUUGACUCCGAUUGCUGCCCCUCCGCACGGGUUCCUGAUCGCUCUCGCGCUCUUCGCCCCUCCUCAGCUGCCGCCGCCGUAGGUGGUACAGUGAGGCCACACUGCGUCUCGUCGUGCUGAAUUGGGCUCGCGCGUCACCGGUAAUCCCCCCCUCUCCCCCUGUCAGUGGAUAGAAAGGUUGCUUCUUUUUGGAGUUUUUCCCCCUUGUGGAGCGGGCUGACUGGUGCGAGCUCCGGUGCGAGCUCGCUUCGUUCAUCCGGAUUGCUCUGCUAAGCUUGGGGAUGAAGACGGCGCUGGCCUGAGGGUUUGGUCGGCGGCUGCGGAGAUGAAUGUGGGGCAGGCGCCGCACCUGUCCGGGCAGAUGUCGGGGCAGGCGCCGCAGAUGAAUCAGGUCGUCAGCGGCGGCGACGGGCUGCCGCAGCACCAGCAGAUGCAGGACGCGGUGGCGCUCAGCGUGGGGAACGAUCCCCACUUCGUCAUGCUGCGCAACUCGAUGCGCGAGAAGAUAUUUGAGUAUAUUGGAAGGAAGCAGUCAUCAGCUGAAUGGAGGCGGCGGCUGCCAGAACUCGCAAGGCGGCUAGAGGAAAUAUUGUUCAGAAAAUUUCCAAACAAGACUGAGUACUACAGUAUGAUGAAGGCACCAGUUGAGCCACAAUUGCAGUUUGCUAUUAAGACCUUGAGUGCUCAGAACCAACAAAAUCAACAAAACCAACAAAUGUCAAGACAGAUAGCAUCUUCCUCUGGUUACGGUACAAUGAUUCCGACACCUGGUAUCACACAAGGUGUAACUGGAAACUCUAGAAUGUCUUAUGUAACAGACAACAUGGGUCUUCCAUCAUCUGGUGCAGGCAUGGUUCCUCAGAAUGCCAACAUGGGUAACUCGAUCCCAGGUUCCAUGUCUAAUGGCUACCAGCAUCUAACUACCAGUGUCCCACUAAGUUCUACCACAAGUAGCGGCCCAUCUACAAUGGGUGCAGUGGGUAUUCAGCGUCAAGUAACUCAUAUGAUCCCAACUCCAGGAUUCAAUAAUCAGCAGAAUGUACCUGCCAAUCCUGACUAUUCAAAUGGAACUGGAUAUUUCAAUGGUGAGUCAACUAUGACACCACAUAUGCAGCAGCAGAAGCAAUUCCAGAGUAACCAAAGUAGCCACCAAAUCCAGCAAAUCGGGGGACACAGUAAUUCUGGAAUACAUUCAAGCAUGCUGGAGAAUUCUUCUGCAUUUGGUUUAUCAGAUGGACACGUGAAUGGUGGAAUGGGAUUGCAUGGGUCAAACACACAGGUAACAAACAGAAGUGCAGCUCCAGAAGCAUAUAUGAACAUAUCCUCUUAUGGCAGUUCGCCCAGACCUUUGCAGCAACAGUUCAAUCAGCAUCCUACACAGAGAGUACCAACGUCAGUUGACAUGGGUGGUUCUGGAAGUUUUUACAGUACUGGGACUUCUGCUUUAGCAACCGCCAAUCAGAGAUCAAGAAUGAAUUCGAUGUUGCUUAACAAUCAACUAAACAUGCAAUCCAUUCAAGCUCAACCUCAGAUUAAAGCUGAGGUCUUGGAUCAACCAGAAAAAGUGAAUUUUCAGUCAUCUCAAUUGAGUCAGGAACAACUACUCCGCCAGCAGCUUACAAUGCAGCAACAUCAGAUGCAGCCGAAUUCCCAGUUUGUGCAAAACCAAUAUCAUCUCAACCAACAGCUGCCAAAUUCACAGCAUCAGCAGACUAUGCUGAGGAGCAAUUCUUUUAAACAGUCUCAGCUGAAUUCCAGCCAUUCUAUGCAAGUGUCAGAACAGGGUGCUCUGCCACACACAGAGCUGGCAUCUUCACAAGCUGCUGAACCUGCUGCACUUCCAAAUUUCCAGGGUCAGUACCAGCAAAGAACUGUUCACGGUAAUGCCAAAGGUGGGCAGGUGUUUGGACAUGUUUCUGGCUCUCAAAAUUUCCAUGCUUCUGCUUCUCACGAUUCUCAGCAAUUGUUGCCAACUAAUCAGCAGCUUGAUGACAGCUCCAAUGAUGUCAGUUACGUCCUGAAAGGAUCACAGCCAGAGCAAAUGCAGCAGCCCCAGUGGCAGCCUCAGACAAUGGAGAAGGCCCCAAUCAUUAGUAAUUCAUCUCUUGAAAAGCAAAUACAGGAUGACUUUUGUCAGAGAACAAUGGCCCAGGACGAAGCACAACAGCCAUUCUCAUCCGACUGGCGUCUUUCUGGUUGCACUGUGACUGCAGUUGGUCCUACAUCGGCAAAGCUACCAACUGGAGCCUUUGAACAGCCCACUGGAAAUAUCAAUCACCUCCGUCAGAUGAGGUGGUUACUCUUGCUCUUUCAUGCGAAAUCCUGUCCGUCUCCUGUUGGAAGUUGUAAAUUCCUUCGUUGUGUUGAGCUACAGGAUCUUGUGAAGCAUGUCGAUUACUGUCAAAGAAAAGAUUGUCCGCACAAGAAGUGCAGUAAGUCAAGAAAGCUGAUUGAACAUUAUAAGGCUUGUGUUGAUCAGCAGUGUCCUGUAUGUAGUAAUGUGAAGAAAUAUUUACGCCUCUCACAUGAACAGGCAAGUAAGCAAAAACUGCCAGAACCUAGAAAAGUUGCUCAACAGAGUACGAGUCAAAGAAUUAUGAAUGGUGUAGAAGGUGAUAUAAUGGACAUUGACCCAGUGUCUGUUGAAGCCUUUGAUGGUCAGCCAUCUGUUCCGAAACGCUUGAAGAUGCGGCCUGCAUCACCCAGUGCUCCUGAGCAUGAGAUAUCUAGAGCCUCUAAUCCUCAUUUGAAUGCAGGGUUCAUACCACAGGAAACACAUCCUGAGCUGCUUGAGCAGAAUAAAAAGAUGGCAUACCUGAAACGGGAGGUGGAUGCAAAGGCUGACAUGCGACCUAUACAGAAGCCUGUAAAGAUGGGUUAUGGUGUUGAUGGAAAUGUGCCUGCAGCGAGGCAUGUGAUUCCUGGUGUUUCAAAUGAGAUGAAGCCUCAUGUGAAGCAAGAAAUCUUGUCGAUUGACAAAGAUACGAGUGAUACCCUUGAGGUUAAGAAUGAAGCAAAUGAUUUAACAGAUGCCACAGCGUCCAAAUCAGGAAAACCAAAGAUAAAAGGUGUCUCAUUGACCGAGUUGUUCACUCCAGAACAAAUUCAAGCACAUAUAAACAGUCUAAGGCUGUGGGUUGGGCAGAGCAAGGCUAAAGUUGAGAAGACUAUAUUGCUGGGGUCUUCUGAAAAUGAAAAUUCAUGCCAGCUCUGCAAAGUGGAAAAACUUACUUUUGAACCUCCACCAAUAUACUGCUCCCCUUGUGGUGCUCGGAUAAAGCGAAAUGCACCAUACUACACUGUUGGUACUGGAGAUACACGCCACUUUUUCUGUAUUCCAUGUUACAAUGAGUCACGUGGUGACACCAUUGAGGUUGAAGGACAGAAUUUUUUGAAGGCACGAUUUGAGAAAAAAAGAAAUGAUGAGGAAACUGAAGAAUGGUGGGUUCAAUGUGACAAGUGUGAAUGCUGGCAGCAUCAGAUAUGUGCUCUAUUUAAUGGCAGAAGAAAUGAUGGAGGACAAGCAGAGUAUACUUGCCCAAAUUGCUAUGUUAAAGAAGUGCAACGUGGGUUGCGCAUGCCUUUACCACAGAGUGCCGUUCUUGGGGCGAGUGAUUUGCCAAGAACUGUUCUUAGCGAUCAUAUCGAAGAGCGUCUUUUUAAACGGCUUAAGGUGGAGAGACAGGCUCGGGCAACUAGUUCAGGAGUUAGUUUUGAUGAGGUUGCUGGAGCCGAAGGUCUUGUGGUCAGAGUUGUUUCAUCGGUGGAUAAGAAGGUUGAAGUUAAACCACGUUUUUUGGAAAUUUUUCAAGAAGACAAUUACCCGACAGAGUUCCCGUACAAGUCCAAGGCUGUCCUUUUGUUCCAGAAAAUAGAAGGUGUGGAGGUUUGCUUAUUCGGAAUGUAUGUUCAAGAAUUUGGUGCUGAGUGCUCUUACCCGAACCAACGCCGUGUUUAUUUGUCAUACCUGGAUUCUGUUAAAUACUUCAGACCUGAGAUUAGAGCAGCGUCUGGAGAGGCCUUGCGUACAUUCGUCUACCAUGAAAUUCUGAUAGGAUAUCUUGAAUAUUGCAAGCAGCGUGGAUUCACAAGCUGUUAUAUAUGGGCUUGCCCACCUUUGAAAGGUGAAGAUUACAUUUUAUAUUGCCAUCCUGAGAUUCAGAAGACCCCCAAAUCCGACAAACUGCGGGAAUGGUACUUGGCUAUGCUUCGAAAAGCUACUAAGGAGGAGAUAGUUGUUGAACUCACAAAUCUCUAUGACCAUUUCUUCAUUACUAUGGGGGAGUGCAAGGCUAAAGUUACAGCUUCUCGAUUGCCUUACUUCGAUGGAGAUUAUUGGCCAGGAGCUGCCGAAGAUAUGAUCAAUCAACUUCGUCAAGAAGAAGAUGACCGAAAGCUUCAGAAGAAGGGUAAGACUAAGAAGAUUAUUACAAAAAGAGCUCUCAAAGCUGCUGGUCACACAGAUCUCAGUGGGAAUGCUUCGAAGGAUGCUAUGCUGAUGCAGAAGCUUGGGGAAACCAUCUACCCGAUGAAGGAAGAUUUCAUUAUGGUCCAUCUGCAAUAUUCUUGUCAUCACUGUUGUAUCCUUAUGUCGUCUGGGAAACGCUGGGUUUGUCAUCAAUGCAGAAGUUUCUACAUCUGUGACAAGUGUUACGAUGCAGAACAACAGCGUGAAGAUAGGGAGAAGCAUCCAAGUAAUAGUAGAGACACACACAAGCUCCAUCCGGUUGACAUUGUUGGGGUGCCUGAAGAUACAAAGGAUAGAGACGAUAUCCUAGAAAGUGAAUUUUUUGACACCAGACAGGCAUUCCUGAGUCUUUGUCAAGGGAAUCAUUACCAGUAUGACACCCUUCGACGUGCUAAGCAUUCGUCAAUGAUGGUGUUGUAUCAUUUACAUAAUCCAACUGCACCAGCGUUUGUCACUACGUGCAAUGUCUGUGCUCAUGAUAUUGAAACUGGUCAAGGCUGGCGAUGUGAAGUUUGUCCAGAUUUUGAUGUGUGCAAUAGCUGUUACCAAAAAGGAGCAGUCACUCAUGCUCACAAAUUGACGAACCAUCCAUCAGCUGCGGACCGUGAUGCCCAAAAUAAGGAAGCGCGGCAAAUACGUGUUCAGCAGCUAAGGAAAAUGCUUGAUCUUCUGGUGCAUGCCUCAACAUGCCGCUCAGGCAGCUGCCAAUAUCCGAACUGCCGUAAAGUCAAGGGACUAUUUCGUCAUGGGAUGCAGUGCAAAAUACGUGCUUCAGGAGGGUGUGCGCUGUGUAAGAAAAUGUGGUACAUGCUUCAGCUCCAUGCCCGAGCUUGCAGAGAUUCAGGAUGCAGUGUGCCGAGGUGCAGGGAUCUCAAAGAGCAUCUUAGAAGGUUGCAGCAGCAGUCCGAUUCCAGGAGGAGGGCUGCUGUCAAUGAAAUGAUGAGACAACGAGCAGCAGAGGUUGCUUCACAUGAUUAGCUGCACCUGUACAGGUAUACUGUUGUGGAAAGAAGAUAGGAAAGUAUGCUGGGUUUCAGUCCUCCACUCACCCCCCACACCAAGGAGACGCUUUGGGACGGUUGAAUUAGAGGAUCUAGGCAAGAAGUUGUUCAGAUGGAUUCUUUCAACCGUUUUAUCCUGGAGAUGGAAGAAGAUGCUGGGCACUUUUCGUCGAUAAUUAACAUAUGGCUCAGAACCCGCCCUUUUUCCGAAGGGUGCAUGCUCCACAGUAGGUGUUAACAUUUCGGCGCCCUGCUGACUGCAUUGCUGAUAUCGUCAAUAGGACCUGGCCCGGCCCUUGGGUGUGGUGAUUCUUUUGUUUGACCUGUACUAGUGGGACUAAUCUUAUUUUGCUGCUUGUCUCGCCCUUGUAUAAUAGGUUUUUGGACAAUGGAUGUCCUCUAUUGUUGAAGAAAACAAUGGUGUAGCUGUUUUGUUUCCUACUCCAGUCUCGUAGUUACUUGUUGCCUCAUCCAGGAGGGGGUAUAGUAGGGAGGAAAGGAAGAGGGGGUGGGCAACUGGACAUGAAUUUGCUUAUUUCUGCCCCCUCCAUUUUGUAGGAACAAUCUUCAUUUUAAAGUAUAAAGGAAAGUAAAUCCUGCAUGUCUGCCUUUU